AGGGGUCUCCGUGAGGGGGCCCGGCCGCUUCCCGGCAUGCUCUAGCGCGGGCUCCGGCACGAGCGUUUCAAAGCCGCUCCCGCGACGCCAGACGGAGGCUCGCGGCGCCAUGGAGGUCCUGCUCAGUCCGCCGUGCUGGGGGCUCGUCGCCGAGCCGGGGCCCACCGAGCUCACGGGAGGCCUCCAGCCGCCCCGGAACGCGCCUCUCCCCGUGGGGACGCAUCUUUUCACCACCGAACGGGAGAGGAAGAUGGCGGCCGCGGCGGUGGUGGUGCCCGCAGAGUGGAUAAAGAACUGGGAGAAAUCAGGGAGAAGCGAAUUUUUGCUUUUAUGCCGGAUCCUUAGUGAAAAUAAAAGCCAUGAUAGUUCAACUUAUAGAGAUUUUCAGCAAGCUCUCUAUGAGUUAUCAUACCAUGUCAUUAAAGGAAAUCUAAAACAUGAACAGGCAUCUAACGUCCUUAGUGAUAUAAGCGAAUUUCGUGAGGACAUGCCUUCCAUUCUUGCUGAUGUAUUCUGCAUACUCGAUAUUGAGACAAAUUGUUUAGAAGAAAAAAGCAAGAGAGACUAUUUUACACAAUUGGUAUUAGCAUGUUUGUAUUUAGUUUCGGACACAGUUCUAAAGGAACGCCUGGAUCCAGAAACAUUGGAGUCCUUAGGACUUAUCAAACAAUCACAGCAGUUCAAUCAAAAGUCUGUUAAAAUCAAGACAAAGCUUUUUUAUAAGCAGCAGAAGUUCAAUUUGUUAAGAGAAGAGAAUGAAGGUUAUGCCAAGCUGAUUGCUGAAUUGGGACAAGAUUUAUCUGGAAAUGUUACUAGUGAUUUGAUCUUAGAAAAUAUCAAAUCUUUAAUAGGAUGCUUUAAUCUGGAUCCCAAUAGAGUUUUGGAUGUCAUUUUAGAAGUGUUUGAAUGCAGGCCAGAGCUCGAUGACUUCUUUAUAUCUUUAUUAGAAUCUUACAUGAGUAUGUGUGAACCGCAAACACUGUGUCAUAUUCUUGGGUUCAAAUUCAAAUUUUAUCAGGAACCAAAUGGAGAAACCCCUUCAUCUUUAUACAGAGUUGCGGCAGUACUUCUACAAUAUAAUCUUAUUGAUUUAGAUGAUCUGUAUGUACAUCUUCUUCCUGCUGAUAAUUGCAUUAUGGAUGAACACAAAAGAGAAAUCAUUGAAGCUAAGCAAAUUGUUCGAAAACUUACAAUGGUCGUAUUAUCUUCUGAUAAAAUGGAUGAACGAGAGAAAGAAAAAGAAAAAGAGGAGGAAAAGGUAGAGAAGCCACCUGACAACCAAAAGCUUGGUUUGUUGGAAGCCUUGUUAAAGAUUGGUGACUGGCAACAUGCACAGAGCAUUAUGGAUCAGAUGCCUCCAUACUACGCAGCUUCACAUAAGUUAAUAGCUCUUGCUAUAUGCAAGCUCAUUCACAUAACUAUUGAACCUCUCUACCGAAGAGUUGGUGUUCCUAAAGGUGCUAAAGGCUCACCUGUUAAUGCUUUGCAUAAUAAGAAAGCACCUAAACAAGCAGAGAGCUUUGAAGACUUGAGAAGGGAUGUCUUCAAUAUGUUUUGUUACCUUGGCCCUCACCUUUCUCAUGAUCCCAUUUUAUUUGCAAAAGUGGUGCGCAUAGGCAAGUCAUUUAUGAAGGAGGCCAGAGAGAGAGCUCAAUGGGCUGAGCGCGUGCUUUACAUACAGGAGGCCCGGGUUCGAUCCCCGGCAUCGCAUGGUCACCUGAGCACAGAGCUGGGAGUAGUAGCCUCUGAGCACCGCCAGUUUCAGUCUGAUGGAAGCAGACAAGAGGAUAAAGAAAAAACGGAAAUUAUCCUCAGCUGUUUGCUUAGUAUUACUGAUCAGGUACUACUUCCGUCUCUUUCUUUGAUGGAUUGCAAUGCUUGUAUGUCUGAAGAGCUAUGGGGAAUGUUUAAGACAUUUCCGUAUCAGCAUAGGUAUCGUCUAUAUGGCCAGUGGAAGAAUGAAACUUAUAAUAGUCACCCACUUUUAGUAAAAGUUAAAGCUCAAACAAUUGACCGAGCUAAAUACAUCAUGAAGGAUCACUCCUGGCUUGGCUCAGGGGACCGUAUGUGUUGCCGGGGAUCGAAACUGGGUUGGCCACAUGCAAGGCGUCUGACGAAGGAAAAUGUGAAGCCUUCUGGAAGACAAAUUGGGAAGUUGAGCCACAGCAACCCAACCAUUUUGUUUGAUUAUAUCUUGUCACAAAUUCAGAAGUAUGAUAACUUAAUAACACCUGUUGUAGAUUCAUUGAAAUAUCUCACUUCAUUGAAUUACGAUGUCUUGGCCUACUGUAUCAUUGAAGCUUUAGCUAACCCAGAAAAGGAGAGGAUGAAACAUGAUGAUACAACCAUCUCAAGCUGGCUACAGAGUCUGGCAAGUUUUUGUGGUGCAGUUUUUCGUAAAUAUCCUAUUGAUCUUGCUGGUCUUCUUCAGUAUGUGGCUAAUCAGUUAAAGGCAGGCAAAAGUUUUGACCUGCUUAUAUUGAAAGAAGUCGUACAGAAAAUGGCAGGAAUAGAAAUUACAGAGGAAAUGACAAUGGAGCAACUAGAGGCCAUGACUGGUGGAGAGCAAUUAAAAGCUGAGGGUGGUUAUUUUGGCCAGAUCAGAAACACUAAAAAAUCCUCUCAGCGAUUAAAGGAUGCAUUAUUGGACCAUGAUCUUGCUCUUCCUCUCUGUUUACUUAUGGCUCAGCAGAGAAAUGGGGUAAUCUUUCAGGAAGGUGGUGAGAAACAUUUGAAACUUGUGGGAAAGCUCUAUGAUCAGUGUCAUGAUACUCUGGUACAGUUUGGCGGGUUUUUAGCAUCCAAUCUAAGCACAGAAGAUUAUAUAAAGCGAGUCCCUUCAAUUGAUGUGCUCUGUAAUGAGUUUCAUACACCCCAUGAUGCAGCAUUUUUUCUGUCCAGGCCAAUGUAUGCUCAUCAUAUUUCAUCAAAAUAUGAUGAACUUAAGAAAUCAGAAAAGGGAAGUAAACAACAACAUAAAGUUCAUAAGUACAUUACAUCAUGUGAGAUGGUGAUGGCUCCUGUACAUGAAGCAGUGGUCUCUUUACAUGUUUCCAAAGUAUGGGAUGACAUCAGUCCUCAAUUCUAUGCCACAUUCUGGUCAUUGACAAUGUAUGACCUUGCAGUUCCACAUACCAGCUAUGAACGAGAAGUGAAUAAACUUAAAAUCCAGAUGAAAGCAAUUGAUGAUAAUCAGGAAAUGCCUCCAAAUAAAAAGAAAAAGGAAAAGGAGCGUUGUACUGCCCUACAGGACAAGCUUCUUGAAGAAGAAAAGAAGCAGAUGGAACAUGUACAACGCGUUUUACAGAGAUUGAAACUGGAAAAGGACAACUGGCUUUUAGCAAAAUCUACCAAAAAUGAGACCAUCACAAAAUUCCUACAGCUGUGUAUAUUUCCUCGGUGUAUUUUCUCAGCAAUUGAUGCUGUUUACUGUGCUCGUUUUGUUGAAUUGGUACAUCAACAGAAAACUCCAAAUUUUUCCACACUUCUUUGCUAUGACCGAGUUUUCUCUGACAUAAUUUAUACAGUUGCAAGUUGUACUGAAAAUGAAGCUAGUCGAUAUGGGAGAUUUCUUUGCUGCAUGUUAGAGACUGUGACCAGGUGGCACAGUGAUAGAGCCACAUAUGAAAAGGAAUGUGGAAACUAUCCGGGAUUCCUUACUAUAUUACGGGCAACUGGAUUUGAUGGUGGAAAUAAAGCUGAUCAAUUAGACUAUGAAAAUUUUCGACAUGUUGUACAUAAAUGGCAUUAUAAACUAACCAAGGCAUCAGUACAUUGCCUUGAAACAGGAGAAUAUACUCACAUCAGGAAUAUCUUGAUUGUGCUAACAAAAAUACUUCCUUGGUACCCAAAAGUUUUGAAUUUGGGUCAGGCACUGGAAAGAAGAGUACAUAAAAUCUGCCAAGAAGAAAAGGAGAAGAGGCCAGAUCUAUAUGCAUUGGCUAUGGGCUACUCUGGGCAGUUGAAAAGUAGAAAAUCAUACAUGAUACCUGAAAAUGAGUUUCAUCACAAAGACCCUCCUCCGAGGAAUGCAAUUGCCAGUGUACAAAAUGGCCCCGGUGGUGGGCCUUCUUCAUCAUCCAUAGGAAGUACAUCUAAGUCAGAUGAAAGCAGUACUGAGGAGACUGAUAAAUCAAGGGAGAGAUCUCAGUGUGGUGUGAAAGCUGUUAAUAAAGCUUCUAUUGCCACACCAAAAGGGAAUUCAAACAAUGGAAAUAGUGGCUCUAAUAGCAAAGCUAUUAAAGAAAAUGAAAAAGAAAAAGGAAAAGAGAAAGAAAAAGAGAAAAAAGAAAAGACGCCAGCUACUACUCCAGAGGCCAGAGUACUUGGUAAAGAUGGUAAAGAAAAACCAAAGGAAGAGCGCCCAAAUAAAGAUGAAAAAGCAAGAGAGACAAAGGAAAGAACGCCUAAGUCUGAUAAAGAGAAAGAAAAAUUGAAGAAGGAAGAAAAGGCUAAAGAUGAGAAAUUCAAGACCGUUGUCCCCAAUACAGAGUCCAAAUCAACUCAAGAAAAGGAAAGAGAGAAGGAGCCAUCCAGAGAGAGAGAUAUAGCAAAGGAAAUGAAAUCAAAGGAAAACGUUAAAGGAGGAGAAAAACCACCAGUUUCUGGGUCCUUGAAGUCACCUGUUCCCCGAUCAGAUGCUGCAGAACCUGAAAGGGAACAAAAACGCCGUAAAAUUGAUACCCACCCUUCUCCAUCACAUUCCUCAACAGUAAAGGUUACAGCCAUACUUCCCAAAGUUCCUCUGGGUUCUGAGAACUAUGCCAGCUCACCUGUCAUCUCCAUUCAUUUUCUACAGGACAGUCUCAUCGAACUCAAGGAGUCUUCAGCAAAGCUCUACAUUAAUCAUACUCCUCCACCACUAUCCAAGAGUAAAGAGAGAGAAAUGGACAAGAAAGAUUUGGACAAGUCGAGGGAAAGAUCCAGAGAAAGAGAGAAAAAAGAUGAAAAGGACAGGAAAGAGCGAAAAAGGGAUCACUCAAACAAUGACCGUGAAGUGCCACCAGACUUAACCAAGAGACGGAAAGAGGAAAAUGGAACAAUGGGGGUUUCAAAACACAAAAGUGAAAGUCCAUGUGAGUCUCCUUAUGCAAAUGAGAAAGACAAGGAAAAAAAUAAGUCAAAAUCUUCAGGCAAAGAAAAAGGUGGCGAUUCAUUUAAAUCUGAAAAGAUGGAUAAAAUCUCCUCUGGUGGAAAAAAGGAGUCCAGGCAUGAUAAAGAAAAGUUAGAAAAGAAAGAGAAACGGGACAGUUCAGGAGGAAAGGAAGAGAAGAAACAUCAUAAGUCUUCGGACAAGCACAGAUAAUGAAGACUUAAAAUCAAGGGUAUGGACAGAUCCCUAAGCUGAAGGUCCCCCAGAGGAGGAUGUCAAAGCUCCAUGCGUCAUUCUAAGAACGAUAUCUCCCAUAAUUAAGAGCUUCUGGUGCUGUCCAUUUAAUGGGAAUCUGCUUUAAGUCAGAAGAUGAAUAUACACCACCAUCCUCUUGACGAGACAUUCCAAAGUCAUGAUUUUCAGAACAUUAUUUUCACCUCCAGGCAGUUUCUUGCAGCAAGGCCCUUGUGUGUACAAUUUUUACUCAAGAUACGCCAUCCAGAAGCAGCAUCUAAUGAAAAUUUCAUUGUUUUUAGUUCAUCCUUCUUAACGAGAAAAGGAGAGAAAAUUGCUUCCUGGAACCAGUUCCUUAAUGAUGUAGAUAGGCUGUAUUUGUGUUUGAACUCUUAUAAGUUUGACAAUAUUGGUAUGAUUGAAUUGUUUAAGGAUUUUUAGCUUCUUGUAAAAAUUUUAAUUUCAGUUCCUAGGAAAGAUCACCUUUGCCAGUUUUAACGGCAACAGAAGUUUUAUCCUUUGAUGGCUCUUAAUAUCGUCAAAAUUUCCAUUCCCAACAGUUUUCCUGAUGUGAAGUCUUCAUGAUUGAGAACCCAUUUCUUAAUUCUAUUUAUGGAUAUUCGGGUACUAUGAUGAUCUCCAUUGGAACAUAAUCUUUUUUUUCGAUUUAAAAAAAAGAAAAUUUAUGCACAAAUUUGCCAUUUUAAAAUGGUUUUUUUUUGUAUAUUAUGCUGUACUCAUCACCACAGUCUGAUUCCAGAAAAUUUUAUCGCUGAAAAGAGAUUCCACAGCAAUUAGCAGUUAUUCCCAAUUCACAAUUCCCCCAGCUCCUGGAAAUAAAUAAUGUAUUUUCUGUCUAUGAAUUUGCCUGUUUUGGACAUUUCAUAAUAAUGGAAUCAUGCAAUAUGUGAUCUUUAGUGUCUGACUUCUUUAACAUCAUGUUUUCAAGAUUCAUCUAUGUUAUAGCAUGUAUCAGAACUUUCUUUUUAUAACUGAAUAAUACUCCAUUGUAUGACUGUGUAUCACGUUUUGUUUAUCCAUUCAUUAGUGAUGGAAGGAACUUUCAAGUAUUGAAAUUGUAAGUUCAACGUUAGUGUACCCACAGUUAAAAUUGGUAAUGUCAAGAUUAUCAAUGGUGUGUGUGAACAGAAUGUUAUAUAGAAAUGAUAUGUAAAUUAUUUGUCAGCAUUUCAUGAAAGUGUGAUGAUUUUCUAAGGCCCUUGUAGCUUUGAUUUUAUGAAAUAUGUGAAUGUAGUAUUUUCAUCAAUAAAGUUUAAUGCAUUAAGCAUUAGUUUAAAAUUUGAGAACAAUAUUAGGCAGAUAAACUUAUUUGCCACAUGUUGUAAUGGUUAUGUUUUGAAAUUAUUUCAAUAUGCAGUAUUUGAAAAAUGUCAAUACAUAAAGGAAAGGAAAUAAGUAUAAUUAAGUCAAUAUAUUUUUAAAGCAAUUUUUAUAAUUUAGCAGACAUUACAUCUUAAUAUGUCACUAUUAAAACUGCAUCCUUAUGAAAAAAUGUGAUGUCAUUUUUCUUUGUGGAUCCUGUAAAAUCAGUCUUUUCAUUGCUAUGUGUUGUUUACUUUAGAAAAGUAAUUGCUUCCCCCUGUGAAAUGUUUUGCUGACUUUUCUUUCAUUCUCUAUGCCCCUUUUCAUUCCUACUCUCCUUUCUCAUAAUAUAUUCAUUUUAAAAACUAAUCAUUUUGCCCAUUUUAAAGAUUCUAAGAAUGGGCAUUAAAGAAUACGCAAACAUUAUAUCUCUACUACUUAAUUCAAGCCUUAUUGACAGAGCUUGUUUUUUCUUUCUGAUUAUUUUCUUCCCUUUCCUUCCUGUUCAUGUUUCUCCCUCUUCCCUCCCUUUUUUCUUCCUUCUCUCUCACGUUCCACCUUUUUUCCUUCACUUCUCCCUUUUUACUGCCUCUCCUCUACCUUCGCUCCUUUCUUCCUUAUCUAUCAAUAUAAUCACUUUGUUUCUUUCAGGUGGGAUUGGAAUGAAAGUGCUCAUCUGUGACAAGAAAGUUUUCCUGAGUAGAUUUCAACGAAUUAUGAAGAGUCCAUUUGCAUCUCCUUAAAUUAUUCAGUUUUCUGCUUUUGCUCCAUGCUGAAAACUUUAAAAAUCUUGAGUUGUGCAUUACUGUAUUUUAAAUUGUGCUUAGUUUUUUCAUGUUUAUUUUCAGUAAAUGGCUGAAAGUGUUAAUUAUUCUAUAUUUUUAGCACAAUGUGCUGCUUAUAGUUAUCCAACAAGCAAAUAAGGUUACAUGUAUACAUAAUUUCAUUUUAGGUUAACUAAAUAUUGCCUGGGUUUAGUUUUUGUUAUCCCCAAAUUUGAAGUGCUUCCUUUUUUGGUUUGAAAAUAAAUAAUUACUGAACAUUUUGAAUUUACCUCAUUAAAAAUUCAGUUUCAAUUUAUUAUUUGGCUUGUUUCAGUGUUCAUCACUAAAAACAGUGGGAACAGUGUGUCUUAUGGAAUGCUUAGAAAUCAUUUAUAUAAUACUACAUAUACAGCAUUAAAAAUUGUUUUAAAGACAAAAAGGUACCAGCACUCUCUUAUCCCUUGCCCUUUUUUCUUGUAAUUGUUAGACAAAUGGGGGGUUGGUGGUGUCAAAUGUUAAUUGUGUUUUAAUCCUACAGCUACAGAGCUUUGUAUUGCUAAACUUUCAUCUGGAAAAGUUUCACAGUGACAUUUUUAAAAGAAAAAUUUUUUUAUCUACUGAAUUCUACCAGUGUAACCUUCUUCUAAAUAAACAGUAGUUUUCUCAAUGAUUGUA